AUGAUGGUAGCAUCAAUUGACAAUCCAUCAAAUGCUAUUGAAUGGGCUAUUGGUGAAAUGAUAAACCAACCAGAGACAUUGGCAAAAGCGGUUCAAGAACUAGACCAGGUUGUCGGAAAGAACCGGCUUGUCCAAGAAUCGGACUUGAAUAAUCUCAGUUACAUUCAAGCCUGCGUUAAAGAAUCUUUUCGGCUCCAUCCUAUAACAGCCUUCAAUGUCCCACAUGUGUCCAUGUGUGACACCAUUGUGGCUGGUUACUUCAUACCUAAGGGUAGCCAUGUUCUCUUGAGCCGUCCAGGUCUAGGACGUAACUUUAAGAUAUGGGAUGAACCGAUGCGAUUCAAUCCUCAGCGUCACCUUAAGCAUGAUGGAUCAAAUGUGAUAUUGUCUGAUCCAGACCUCCACCUAUUGUCAUUUAGUAUAGGUCGGCGUGGUUGUCCAGCUGUUAACCUAGGAUCCACCAUGUCAGUUAUGUUAUUGGCUAGUCUUCUUCAAGGAUUCACAUGGAGCCCACCGCCAAAGACUACUUGCAUUGAGCUUGUGGAGUCUAUUGAUGAGAUGGUUCUCUCCAAGCCUCUACUAGCCUUUGCAAGGCCACGUUUGGAUGAAAGGUUGUAUGCAUCACUUAAUCCCUAUUGUAAUCCAAACGUCACCUUGUUGACUGCAGUGGAGGACCAUGCAGACAAUCCACCAGCACAGGCUGAACUGAAUGAUUUUGAGGAUGCAGUGAUGUCAAAUGAAGAAAAUCCAUCAGAUCACGUUGAACAGAAUGAUCUCGAUGUUGCCGUUCUGCCCAAUGAAGCUCCGUCACCCCCUGUUCAACCGAAAUCUGUUGAGGAUGUACGUGAGGACAUUGAAGAUGAAUCACUCCUUGUUGAACAGGAAGAUGUAGAGGCUGUAUUUCAGCACAGUCAAGCCAAUGAUGUUUGGUACGAAGGUGCACCUGGUAAUAUCACCCGUGAAUUACUUCGUUCAAUGAAAAUGGGUCGCGAAAUUUCUAGCGAAGUGAUUGACGCUUGCAUGAUGCCACGUUAUUUUCCCAAUCCAUUGAAGAAGACAUGA